AUGGCAGUUGCAUCUAGAGUCAUUGGAGCCGUUCGACUGAGUCUGGUGGACGUCAAGGUCGUGAUUGAAGAACUAGAAAAAGAAGAAAUGGAGCGAGAUCCUGAGAUCAACAAACAUCUACAAAUAGCAAUGAAGCGUCACUGCAUGCCUCGCAAAUUUGUUGCGGAGGAAGUUAAACCGCGAUCGAUGAAAACGGUAACAUAGAAAAUGUACUACAAAAAUCAAUUAAGACUCUUUUAACUCAGGAGCUUAGACAAUGGAGGUCAUUUUAUUCCAUGAAUAUCUUUUAUUGUCAGUGUUAUAACCGCUAUAAAAAUGGCAUUUUUCUUUCGUAUAACUCAGAUAUGAUUUUCCUCUGUACCACUCGUACAAAACCCGUAAGCCGACUCGUAUUUGCCGUGAUUCUUCCGAUUUGAGUAAUGUUAAUUCGAUCCCAAUCAUUGUUCUACGAAUUUUAACUUACCUAGUGUCGAUUAGCAGUAAUUUGGAUGAAUGCAUGUUUGAUAAUUGACAGAAUAUUGAGUAUUAUCUUGGUUUGGCUAUCUUGUCUUGUUUUCACUCAGUUUGGCUUUUGCAUAGUUGAUGAAUUAUAAAGGUAUCACAAGUUUCAUCAGUGCCCCAAUUUUUUUGGUUUUAAAUCUGAAUCUACAACAUCAUCUGACGGUAAUCAACUUAGCGUACUGUUGCUUUGUGUUAUUUAGAUGUUCUGUUGUAUCCUGGCUUCUGUCUUGUUCACCCCCGCUACUUGUUUACAUGACUGUCGUUAUCUCAUGUGAAUGGCAAAUAUAGGUCGGCAUGCAUGCGGUCGCUGUCUUUUCGUGACUGUCGCUAAAAAGAUGUCAAAUUGCAAUCGGCGAUAGAAUACUUAUUGCCUAUCCUGGCAUUGAGUUUAUAUCAUCGCUGAAUUAUGCCUUUGAUUUGACGCCAUUUCCUGUUUCGGUUUGUUUUCUGGACGAGUACAACACAGAGUAGGGCAGGAGAAGAAUUAUAUUGUGGUGCUGAAUAAAACCUUGAACCAUAGCAUGCAUAGCAUACACAUGCAGUUAUUUUUUUUUUUUUGUCGAAAGUGUUAUACCAGGACUUUAUCCAAUGCAAUGCAAGAAACGAGUUUUUCUUUCCUAAACUGCACGGCAAGAAAGGAUGUUAUUAAAACGGGGACUGGGGACUGGCUAAUGAGGAUUGAAAAAUAGUUAAUGGGGAAUAGAGAAUAAGGAAAGGACAAUGGGGAACAGGCAAAUAGGAAAAUUGGGAAAUGAAGCGGGAAAUUGUUAAAUGGGAAACUAUUAUUUUUUCUAAAGUUAACUGUCUGUAAUGUGGAAUAAACAAUUUUUCAAUUAAUUAUGUUUUUUUUAUUUUGGCGCGGUACGUUGCAAAAAUCGUGUUCAUCGAUAAUCACCGCUGAAAUUAUUUCCCAUUUUCAGUUUUCUAAUUCAUUUUCCCAUUCCCAAUUCCCCAUUCCUCGUUUAAAUAACAUCCCGGCUUGAAACAAAUAAAUAAAAGUUGUAAGGUUAAAAAACAGAAACUUUUUUUAUUUUCAGGAGGAGCCCCAUAAGCGAACUAUUGGGAAACUAAGUAAAAAUCAUACCCCAGCAGGAUUAUUCAUCCACUAGAUUGCGGGCUAAUAAAAAAAUAUUAUUUUUUCGUGAAAAAAUGAUAUAUAAAGUGCGCUGGAUAUCAUUAACAUGAACUUUACGUUUAACUUUACGAUAACUCUUUGUUUGUAAAGACUGCGAUAUUUAAAUCUCAUGUAUUGAAAGAAACUAUAAUGUCACAUUUUUUCACUAGAAAAUUAAAAAAUUCUGAUUGAUUUAGAUUUAUUUUAUUUUCUUCCUCUCCUUCUUAUUUCACAUGUUUAUUCACUAUUCUGUAGGUUCUUGUUGCGUUUCGCUCAAAGGAAAGGUCAUACUGUUACAAGGCUGCUGACCAGGCGAUGACUCUCUACUUUGAUGAGGAAAGUAAAGUAUGGAAACCGUUACAAGCUGUGCCAGAUGUAGGUGAAGAAGUUAUACGGUGGUCUAGUGCAGAACAUAUCGGAAAUCAUUUGUAUUUAGUCUCAGAUUCAUCAGACUCACACAUUUAUAGUUAUCAUGCAGUUACAAAAUCUUGGGAAAAACUUCCAAAGUUUAGCUCCUCCAAGGAAAUCCAUUGCUUAUGUUCUGUUGGCGACUACGUUUUUAUGCGAUAAGUCGAUCCAAUCCACCUAAGAUUUACAGUUUAGCUGACAACACCUGGCAGCAGGGUAAGGCUUAUUCGAAUUCAUUUGAACAUGAAGGGUUAGAUACUGCAGCAGCAGUCAUGAACUCUAAGUUAUAUGUUAUGCAUGGGUUUUAUGAACGUGCUUAUGAUUUUCACUUCGUCAAUUAUAAAGUAAAACCUGCCAUAGUGCAUUGUUUUGACCCAACAAGAAAUGAAUGGGAAAAUGUCACCUCAACGUGUUAUCCUCACUUUGGAUCCAGUCUCUUUGUGGUCAGUAACAAACUGUAUGUGGCAGGGGGGAAAAGGGAGUGUAGUCAGCACGGUGAGCCACUCGGUGAAGAUGCGCCGGUGGAAGUUUUUAAGGAGAAAAAAAAGACCUCUAUCUUGGUUUGGUAGAGGGAAAGUAAAACAACCACCGAACAGCUGGUCUGUUGUAGAACAGAAACAUAUCCCCGCCAACAAUCUCGGUGCUGUGGAAAUAGAAGGGAGGGUCUAUUUUAUCAUCAACAAAUUUCCAGUGGACAGUAGGAUAAGAAUUCAACUAGAGGACACGCGCCAGUUUAAUCUUGAAGAAUGGAAAAACGUAACGGAUUUAACAUGA